GUUCGGUUUACCCAUGCUGCAAUGCGCUACACAUUCUCUCUAUACAAGAUGGCGGAAAAAAAGUGAACAGAAUCUAGAAAAAACAUGGAGAAAACAGAAUCCUUCAAAGUAUGGCUCAAGCCUCUAAGAGGCAUGGCUUGACCUUUCCUCUACGAGUGAAACCCCUUAAUCAGUGCAGAAAAUACACAGAUUUGUGUGGGAAAAGGGUGGGUAACACUGACAGACCAUUAUUGUCCGUCAUAAAACUGGAACCAAGUAGGAAUGGUGUGCAACAAAACGGAUCAAAACCGAAAUCCACUACACCACAAUCAACAAACCAGGAACUGCCUCACGAGCAUAAAACCCACCAUCUGAAAUUCCAUGAAAACCUUGUACACUGUGGCUCCCACAACUGUGUGAAUACUGACCAUCACAGAGUCUCAGUGUUUCCUAGUGUGGGUGAAGCUUUAAAAACUCUACCGAAGGAAAAGACUUGUAAAACCCUGCUGGUUUGUCUCGAAGAUGUGUUCAGAACCUUACCGAUUCAUAUAACAGCAGUGAAACUUUCACAUGUGAAUAAACUAAUGAAUCAUUCACAAUCAGACAUUCAAAAGCAGCUCCAAGAAAAUUUUGAAGAGGAACUGAAAAAGAGGCUGCAGAGGAAAUCCCCAGUAGAGAAAGUUUACAAAGACUCUUCUAUGGAGAAAGCCGAGGAAGGAUGUGUUGAUCUUUAUUGUGAUACCCCUGUUAAACAGAACACAUCUUCAACAGGAAAGCCAAAACCCAAAGGAAAAAAGAAAGUUUUAGAUGGGCAGAGUCCAAGGUCAUCUCCAGGGAAACAAUCGUCAAAGAAAAAACCAGACAGUGACCCAGCACUGGCCUGUGAUGGCAUUAAUAAGUCUGAAACACAGGACAUCAAACAAGGAAAAAAGAAAGGAAAAGGGUCACCUUCUAAAAAGAACACAAAGUCAAUGGAGGGGGCUCUUAUUGGAGACUACACAAAUAGCACCCCAGAGAAACAGAUAAUUAAAAGAAAGAAACCCAAGGUGAAAAUUGAUCCUAGUACAACAGACAUUGAAACCAUUUCUACCUCUUAUACACCAUCUCCAGACUCCUGUAGCAGGAAAUCUUCACUGAAUCUCUCUCUGACUGGCCUGACCAGCCCAGGAGAGGGAAAAGAGUUACACAUCUACACAAACCACAAUGACAGUGCUAAUUCUUCACAUCUACAGAAUUCAGGAUGUUCUAUCUCUUCUUCAGAUAGAGAGAGUAAACCAAUGGACAGUCCAUCAAGUCUUUCACCUUCUAAAGAAUUGGGUAGAAGAAUCAGGGCCCCAAACGUAAGGUACUCUGAUGAUAUUCUUCUCUUGCCAUUAAAAUCGCCAAGGCGGAGCCGGUCUCCAAAAGGGAGUGCAGAAAAAGAGGGAGCAUCGGGGGUUCCAGAUGAAAGUCCCACAGAACACGAUUCUCCGGAGAAAGUAAAGAAAUCCAGUGAAUGCCAGACCUCACAGCUCUACUCUUUACUGACUAAUAAAGGUCAGACAAAUAAAAGUGUGAUAGAAAAAACUCAAGUCAUGGACAAUGAACAAAAAGGGCAGCCAUUAUCUCUAUUAGCACAGAGCUCCAUGAACCCACCACUCACUAAUGGUGUGGUGGAUGACAUGGAAACUGAAUCUGUGAAGUCAUCAGAAAAACCAAAAAAGAAGAGGAAGAAGAAAUCUGACGGCGUUGUCUCAGAAAAAUUAAAACCCAAAUCUGUGGAGAAAUCUGAAAAGAAGAAGGGAGAGAAAGUUCAGAAAGUCAAAAGUCCAAAGUCAGGAGCAGACAAAGUUAAAGGUCCAAAGUCAAGUGCAGAAAAAGUCAAAAGUCCUAAGUCAGGAGCAGAAAAAGUCAAAAGUCCAAAAUCAGGAGCAAUCAGAGCCCUACAGUUUGACGAGGGUAUAGAGGAAACAGGUAACACAGAGAACAAAGAGGAAGACGCAGUAGAGAAAACUAAAGAGACAAAGAAGGGGAGGAAGGCAGGAACUCCAAAGAAACCCAGGAAAACUCCAGAAAAAGGGAAAAAAGCUUCAGCAAAAUCCUCCCCGGAAGUGUUAGAAUCUGUAAACGAGACGACAGGUUCUCCAACCUCAAGUAAAUCCAAAUCUGAGGACACAGAUAUUCUGAAUUUUGUGGACAGCAACAGUUCUAGGUCUCUGGACUUGUUUUCAUUGAUAGCAAAAGUCAAAGACAAUAUUAAUACAGAUACUUUUCCUACAUUUGCUGAUGAAGUUCUUUUGAAGGCAGAGGAAGAUGACACCAAUAAGGAAGAUUCAAAUGAGAAAAAUGAAAGUGAUUCCAAACCAGACAGUGAGAAGGUGGACAACAACUCACAAAGCCUGGAAAUUGUGGAUGAUUUCUUCUCUGCUGACUUCUUAAAAGUGUCACCAAAACAUACCUCAAAGUCACCAUCCAGAGAAAAAGCAAAACCAAGUAUCAGUGAAGAGACCUCUACAAAACCAUCUUCUGCUAAACUGGAAUCCAUUUUGUCAAACAUCAAAAUCAAGAAGAACUCUCUAGCAGAUAAAGGUACCAUGAAGGAUUCAGCAUGUGACCAUCCUUCAUCUGUGUCGUCAAAAACUGUAGACACCUCUGGGAAGGAGGAGAAACACGUCAAAAUCAGGAAUGUCGGGAGAUUGGAUGGAAAAGUGACGACAGAAUCUACCAGUUCUUUUGAUCCUAGUGUUCCACUUAUGAUUGACACACAGGAAAGACGUAACAUUUUUGAUAUGAUUAUGACAGAUUACCCAUCUCCAAAUAACAUCAAAGGACAGAAAGAAAGCUCAGAAAAACACGAAGAAAAGGCGGAAAGUGACAAAUCUAGUUCUGAUGCAAAAGCCCAUAGUGAUAUUAGAGAUGUCUCUCCAAAGGCAAACGAAAAUUUGUCUCUCUCAUUACAGAGUGAGAAAUCUGUGAUCGAAAAAAUUCAGGUGAAAUUGGGCAUUCCUUUGGAAGAGAGUCCUAAUAAACAAUCAGAGAGCAGCGAUAAAUGUGAUAGUCCUAAAAAACAAUCAGAAGUCAUCAAAAGCCCCUCCAAGUCCACUCCGUCACUGGUGAACAGAGCAUCUCCAGGCAGCAAAGAAGAUAGAAGAGAUCACAAUAGCACCAAGGGGAGCUCAGACUAUGAGGUGGUGAUGGAUACAGUAGACGAGCAUCAAAUGUUAAUGGAUGUAGAGUCUGACUCAAAUCAAUUAUCUCCUCCAGAUGGAAAGUCGAGCUCCUCUCGCCCUGUACCUAGGACUUCCACCCAGCGAGUCACAAAGGAACCCACGCCUCUAAGUGUUCUGAGCACUAUUGAGACAGAGGUACAGGAUGUCAUGUCUGCCUUCACCAGUAAUGUUUUGGAUGAGUACCUUGACACAAAAACCAACAGAAAAGUCAAGCUCAGUCGACCCAUCAAGAGGACUGACUCAGAGGAACGACUCGUGGACUCAGAGGAUGAGCUUGAGGAGGUGACAGAGAUGCCAGAACGAUAUGAUGAGUUCUCUGGGAUGAUCGAGCAAUGUGAGCCCUCAUUUGAUGAAGUGGAUGGUGUCUUAUUCACUUCCUUUGCUAAUGAGGAAGCACUAAAUGCACAUGUGAAGGUGGAAAAAAAGACAAAAAUAGGCAGGAAUGAGAGCAUUUUAUUAGGAAUGGCUAGAAUGAAGAAUUUGAGAGUGAAGCAGAAUCAGAUUAGGAAUAGUGUUCACCAGAAGAAGGAUGCAAGGUUAAAAGCUCUGAAGGAGCAGUAUAAGAUCAACCAGAGUCUGCAGGGAAUGCAUCUAGUACUGCUGAAGUAUCAGAGAGUUUUCAAGAGAGAGCUGAUUCUAGAGCUGAUGGCAAAGGAACAGGAAAGUCCUGGCAGUGUCCGAGGUAAGACUCCCAAGAAGACAUCAGACAUCACCCAAAUCAAGGGAUGGAAAAACAAGUUUGGCCCUGAUGGAGAAGCCCUAGAGAUGAAAGCAAGUAAAGGAAAGUUACACUGGAGAACCGAGGAGAGACUUCUGAGGAACCACGAUCCAGAGCAACUCAAACAGAUGGGACUGGACCUGAAGAAGAAAAGGAGAAAGAAUCUAGUAUUCACAAUCAGAAAGGGGAUGUCUAAAGGUGAUCCUAGCAGAAUGGAGAAGGUCGACCUGACUUCACACACAGAAGAAGAGGAGGGCAUGGAAGGGGGAGAGGAGAAUCAGGAUGGAGAGAACAGUUUUGGUCAGGAACUUGUGGAAAUGGGGUAUGAAAUCUUAGACACUGAAAAACAAAAACUCAGGGACAAAAAGCUAAGGGAGAAAUACAAGAAGUACCUAAUGAUGAAACUAAAGCUAAACAAUGAAGAUAUCGAUAUUUUGAAGAAGCUUGGAGGACAAAGGCUAAGAAGUAUGUUGAAACCAGAGAGUCCAAAAAAAUUGCCCCCACCCCCACCUCCAACUCCCCCACCCACAGAGGAGGGAGACAAAGAUGGAGAUACAACCACAGAAGGGUCAUUGGAUACACCAUCCAAAAAGAAAAGGAAGAGGAAGAAAAACUACUUCUGUAUCAUCACACUGAACAGUAGCAUGGCUAAUGCUGCAUUGUCUGCUCUCCAUCCUAAGUUUGUUGUGAAGACAAAGAAGAAACCCAAGGCUGUCAAAUCCAUCAAAAAGGAAGUGGUGGAUCCAGAGAUUGACAAGCAGAGCAAAGGUGGUGCCAAGGAGAAGGCAGAGGAUAAGGCUAAAGAUAGGAGGCCAGAGGAGAAUGAAAUCAGGGAGGAGUUUGACAAGAUGUGUGAUAAACCAGGUUGUCGCUAUGGUUGUAUCUGUCACCUAUGUAAAUUUUCCGGUGGAUCACCAGAGACUACAGACCUGAGUAACAUGGAGAAGAAAUGUACCAAGGAGUACUGUCGACUGGGCUGUAUCUGUGACGAUAACCUUGACAAGGUCAGCAAGCAUCACUGUGGAAAACCUGAGUGUAUGAUAGAGUGUACCUGUGACCCUGUUGCUAGGCGACGGACUAGUAGGUCAAGCUCUACGGGAGAGAAGGUGGAGAGUGGAGGGAACUCUGAGGAUAGUCAGCCGGUCUCUCAGGAGGACGGGCAGAUAAAGAAGCCCGGGAAGAAAGCCCAAGUCAUACCUCAGAGAAAAUCAACAUACCGACUUGCCAAGAAUCUGGAUGCAGUCAGCCGUAAAGCCAUGCUGGUUUACGAGGCUAGUGAAAAAUUUGAGUCUCAGAAAACGAGAACACGGAAGAAGCAGGAUUCCAAUGAAAACCAAACUCCUAAUUUUACCGUAGAACACGUACCAAAACAACAGGUAAUGAAUAUUCCCCAGACAGAAGUGAGCACCGCUGCACCGCUCCCUCCAAGAAAACCUCAGGUGACCUUGGCCCUGGUCCCCAACCCAGGUCUUCCUAUGACUGGACCGGUCACUAUCUCUAUCCCUCAACCUAAGAUUAAACCGACACCCAUCCAGACAGAAAUGUACCGUAAAGCUGCAGUGGCCUUGAAGCCUCAGUCAAAGAAGACUGUGGAUGACAGUGAGAUGGCGCUGUUUGAGUCCGACUCGGAGGCUGAGGAUAUACAGGAGGUAGUGUCUUGUGCCAGAGUGGAUGCCCAGUACACAAGGGGAUAUCACCCUAAGAAGUGUACAUGUGGUAAGGAGCAUGUCCAGAGCCGGGCCGUCUCCUCCCAGUGUCCCUCCCAGGGUGGCGGUCAGAUGGCCAGUAGUGGACUGUCUGCACUACAACACAGACUCACAGGAAAACCAAUAACUGACACUGUCUGGCAAACACAGUGGGUGUGCCUAAAGAGCAACAAACCCCCAACAGAAGGGGAUUCUGUCAAACUGUUAGAAAUCCUCUCCAACAGCAACUGGGAACCUCACAAACAGAAAAUACUCUCCAGGAUCUCAAGGCAUAUCCACCACAAAAACCAGCCAGAGGGUCAGGCUGAUAGCUACCCCCAGCCCUGCCUCAUACACAUCGGGGAGUUUGAGAUUGAAUUCCUCCCUAAGUCAAGCAAGCCUGCCACCAUUCCACCUGAAGUCAGGAACAACAUGCCGUCUGCAAUAUUCUCCAUCCGAGUUAGAAUUUCAGCUAGGGAUUUGAAUUUUCCUAAACUGUUUAAGGCUCUUCCAUUAGAUAGUACAGUAAAGAACAAGAAUACAUCAAGCUCACUGCCAGACAAAGUAAACAUUACAAACAAGCCCCCACAGCCUGUGAAUGCUCCUGUAAGUGAUGGAGAAAUGAACAAAUCUAGUCUCGGUGUGACAGGAAUAUCUGGCUUCAGUCGACUUCAGAUCAACAACCGCUCCAUCGUCAACAAGGAUGGAAACUCGCCCACUGACAGAUCUCACCUUCACCCCAUCUCUACCCAACAAAUGACUCAGAUGAAGCCUUCACAGCUUCACAGCCCAUUACAGAUAUUCACCUCAUCAACAACCAUACAGAGCAGUGGAGCCAGACUGGUAACCCCCCAGACCGUGACGGUAACCAAAGUCCUUCCAGCUGUCCCUACAGUAUCACACUCCAUUACAGUGUCAUCCACAGCUUCUCAGUCUACCACUACUUCAUCCCUGACAUCCGUACCAUCAACAAGAAUUAGCAACAUUAAAAAUCAAGAAUCUUCAAUCUCUGUGAUAUCAAGCAUUGGAUCGCCUUCUGUCCACACAUUAAAAUCAAUGAUGAACUAUGUAACAUCCUCAUCCACUCCUACAAUAGUGAUGAGUUCUGAGAAACCAAUAGGCAGUACUCCCAUUAUCUCAACAUUAGUGAAAGGAAGUGAGGUCUUCUCCAGACUUGGUGCAAUAAUCACCUCCUCAGUGGUUCCUAGUCAAACUCAUCCAACGUCUAACCCCAUUAAUGUUACUGCUACCUCAGUGAUUACUGCAACCACAUCAGUCACCACCGAUAAACCAGUAACAUCCAUAUCAGUGAUAAAACAGUCCCCUGGACAAUCUAGCCAGUCAGUGGUCAGCAAGUCCACCCUAGUCUCUCUUCACUCUGUCCUCCAAAACAAAACAGUAGCUUCCUCUUCACCAGUAGUAGCCAAACCAUUAUAUCUAGCAACACCUGUUCUUUCUUCCACUGAAACUAAAGUGCCUGUAAGUAACAACACUAUGCAGGUUCAUGACCUUCGACCUCCUGCCAGCCUCAGUAUGACUCAGGUUCAAGAGAAAGUUUGUGUUCUGGGUCCCAAGUCUUCCCCUGUCACAUUACUCGGCCCCUUCACAUCUCCCUCUAGUAUCCCAAAGGUUCUGCCACAGAUGAAGAUCAUCCAGUCCUCCAUUCUGGAUAAGGAUGGAAAACCAGUCAUCCAUCUUGUUCCUUUUACUGGACCAGUGUAUGGGAAACCAAGUCCUAUGACCUCAGUCCUAAAGAGCUCGCCUGUAGUGAAUUCAGGGACCCAGGCAGAAACUGUGAGUGGGAUAAAGAAUCCAACGAAUGUGUAUACUCUGUCGGAUGUGUCCACCACCACAACCAACAUAGCUCAUGUCUCUAAUGCGUCCACUACAGUCACUCAGAGUACAGUACCGGCCAUGUCAGAGAAAGUUCAGGGGCCACUGCUGCCCAAACUCGGAGAUCAGAUUCUGCUUGUUUCCAGUGAUGAGCAGAAUCUUAAGCUGCUGAACAAGCUUAAGGCAUGUGAUAACCCGAGAAAUGACCAGAACAAAAGGGUAGAGGACACAAACAGUAAAGUCAUCGAAGAUUGCAGCAGUACUGAAGUCAGCAAGGAAAUGGAGGAAGUACCUCAGCAAUCAAAUGUGGAAAGUGUUUCUGUAAAGCGAAAGCUUGAUGAUGAGAGAGAGGAGGAGAGAAAGAAAUUAAAAACCAGUGAAAGUGAGGAUAAAAAAUCCACAGAAGGAGGAACUCAUGUGAAAGAGAGUGAGAGUGUUCUGGCUAAGAUUCUCCUCUCUGAUGCCAUUAAAGAGACUUAUAGUAAAUACAGAGACAUUACAGCAGAUGUUGUUAAAGAAGACACCAAAGCCAAAAAGGAGGAGACUCCAUCCUCCACCACUGAUAAAGAAAGUAUUAUAGGCAGUAAAGAAGAUGAAGAAUCAAAAACCACUGGAUCAGAUAAUUCAGGUAAUCCUAUAAACGGAGAUGAGGAGCUUAAAGAUUCAAAUCGGGAGGACAAGGAGAAGACACAGGAAGUGGAAUCUGAGAGUGAGUGUGGGAGUCCGGACAAUAGGGGCCUUCACACUGGGGCAGACCUGGACUCCAGCUGUGAUAAGAGUGAUGAGUCGGAUGCCACAGUGGUUGGAGGAAUCGAGGCUGACCAGAAAGAUUCUGAGGGAGAAAGGGGAGACAAAACAGAAACUGAUGAAGGAAAAGCAAAGGAGGAUCAGACAUCAGAGGCAGAAGAACAAGUUAACAAAAGUGAUGUAGAACAGAACACAGAAAAACCUUCUGAACCAGAGGUUAUCUAUAUUUUGGAUUCACCUGUGAAAAAACCAUCAGGAAACACAUCUGUUGCAUCAGAUAACGUGACUCCAAAUCAUCUGGACAAAUCCAAAAACGAGGCCGGUGAGGCAGGGGCUGCUGUCGAUACAGACACUGGAGUGACCUCUGAAGAGAAGGAAUGGGGGCUAUCGGUGAAGCGCAGACUAUCCCAGGAGGAAGUUGAGGGUAACAAAAAAUUGAGGACCGAGGAGAAGGCUGAGGAGAGUGAGGAGGACCUGUGUAUGACAGUGGAGGACACAGAUGAUAUGGCAGUUAUUAUCCCUAAUGAGGACUGUGUGGAAAUUAUCAACUCCUCAGAUGAAGAGAUAGACAUCGAGACAGAGACAGACGUCAACAUGAACAAACUCCUGAGGAAGCAGUCGGACAAUAGGUGGGAGUUCUUCAACCCGAACUGCAAUGUCCACUGUAUCAACAAGAAACCCCACGCUAAACGUAAAAGUAACCACAAGACCAUCUCCAAUGUUCUCAAAGAUGAUUUCCACUUCAAAGAGGGUGUGCUGUCAGACCCCAAAACCAGAAAAAUUCAGAUGAAGAAAACAAGGGAAAAGCAGCGUCGUGAGGAAAUGAGGAUUUCCUUUAAAGCCUUGGCUGAGUCAAUGUAUGGAGAGGACAAAGAUGAUACCAAGUACUCACAAAUCCUCAACCACACCGAGCCCAAAGUACAGCUCCUCAAUAAGGCUAAAGAAAAGAUCGAACACAUGGAGAAAAUCAGUCGUCUGAUGACGAAUGAUAAGCACUCAACUCAGGCACGGAAUGCACAGCUUCAGUCAAAACUAAAGAGUCUGAAAGAGUUUAUCAUACAAGAUAGAGGAAUGUCUUGGAUGGUUCUACAAGCUCACCUAGAUAAGAUCUCCAAGGUCUGCAAGAAAAUUUUCCAGAACAUGCCGGCCAUACUGAAAAAGCGAGCCAUGGAGCGUCGAGCCGCCACUGGAUCAUCUGGUAAUGUUCCAGGUUCAGUCCGGUUAAACUCGCCAUUUACUAGGCCUGGUUUCCUCUCCAGAGCACCAGGAUCUGCCCUGGCAUCCAACUUGAAUGGACCAGUACCAAUACAAAUGGUGUCCUCAGAGCAGGUCAGAUCAAUGGCUAAAAGUCAGGAGCUAGCCAGGUCCAAAGAGAACAUAUCCAGCCGUCCCGACAUAUACAUAGACUAUGCAGAGGAAGAACAUGAAAUCUGCGAAGAUUUGAUGAGACGUGAAGAAAAAAAUCGUCGAAAGCAGAUCCAUGAGGUUAACAUGAGUGAUGAUUUUAGUUUUGAAAUUGGUGACCUUCCUAGUUUGUUCAAGAAAGGAGAUUAUCUUGGGAAUUACUCUCCACAGGAGGGUAAAGUUGUCAAUAAUUCUCCAACUCUGAAAAGUGAAGCCCUGAACAACAUGGACAGUGAGGAUGAGAAAGUGAUUAUUGCUGACGAAUAUGAUGACUCUGGGAAGAUGACUGUUUACAGACUGAACUCAAACCCAGUAGUGGAGGUACCUAUGUCAAACACGGGUAAAAUAGUCUCCUCUGAGAGCCCCAAAUCCAAACCAACGAUAUACAACCUGGAAGAUGGAGAGGAAGAGACACCUAUGUUAGUCAUUACAGAGGUCAAAAGUCUGUCCUCAGAUCACUGAUGGUCAUUAUGGAGGUCAAAAGUCUGUCCUCAGAUCACUGAAGGUCAAACAUGUAUCUUCAGAACACUAAUGGUCAUUACAGAGGUCAAAGGUUCUGUCUUGUGGCCAUUGAUAGUUAAUGCAGAGGUCAAAGGUCUGGGUCAGACGACUGUAGUCAUUAUGGAGGUCAAAAUUAAGUCCUUGUUAUAUAUUUAGACAUUUUAAUAGUCGGAUUUCUCCCCACCCUCUGGAUAGUAGUCAGUCCAUUGACAAUGUCCUAAUUAAGUUUAAUUAAAAUUUCUCACUCAGAACACACUUUCAAAUUCAAUCUGAGGUUUGAUUUGCAAGGAGUUAACUUCUUUGAAAGGUAGAGGUAUGGAACAGAAGUAGAAUGUAGUGUGUUGAGUUUAAAUGUUCCAUUGGAACUGUAUAUGGUACCAGUCACAAGACUGAAGAGAGUCCUUCCACACACUCUUAAUGUUAUUACAAAUAGAUAAAACCCAACAGAUCCAUAUCUUAAAAUUGAAGGUUCAAUCAAUCCAGCUCUUUUAAGUUUUAGUAUGAUCCUCAUGAAACAGAUCCUAAAGGAACUUUUACAGUAACAGUUUCAAAUGGUGUGUAGGACAGUCCAGACAAUAUUAAUUAUUUUUCUCUGACAACUUUUACAAAUAUUUGGAAUUGAAAGAUUUGAUUUCAAGUUUCAGUAAAGAGGAUAUUGGCUGACCCAGAUUAUUACCGGUAGGUCACUUUUAUUUCUGACCAAUAUAAAAUAAACAAAUACAGUCCAGUGCUCUUCAUUAUUAAUACAUGUUAAGGUGUUUAACUCUGUGAUGGUCAGACUGGAAUUCAUUUUAGGUCCUGAUUCACUACCUGUAACAUUAACUUUAUUUGACAAAGAAAUCCACUGAGUCUUUACAUUUAUAUAGCUACAUCAUUAUUGAGAGCUCUGUAAAAUGUUAUGGUUAUUUUAAAUGACAAAGUUUUCUGUUAAAUGUGAUAAAAAAAUUAAGCUGACUUGUGUGUACCCUGACAGAUUGUGUGAAUAGAGGCAUAAAUAUCCUACCAUUAUUCUGGAUCCUAGAUGACUAUAACCCUAUUUUUUUGUGUAUUGUAGAUAUACACAGACUUGUGAUAAUGUAUGUAUAUAUAUGAAUAUAUAUAUUCACAUGUGUUCAUAUUGCUGUAGGAUUUUCCGUCUUUGAAUUUUUAUGAAAUCCUGUGACAAUUCAGUGCUAGCCAAGCGUGAUUGUGUUUAUAUCUGAUUAAUUUUGUGUAUUUGUGUUUAUUGAUGAGAAGGAGAAGUUGUAUGGAUUUGUUUGUAUGUCGUGAGGUGUAUUACUUUAUUAAGAAGUAUCCUCUGUGUAUGCCCUUAAAGUGUUUGGUUCAUUAAAUAUGUUUAUCUUAAUUAGAGAAAUGUAACGGACAUUUCCAUGCAAGUAUCUUUACAAUGCAGACAUGUUUUCUGUUUUUUUGUACAUAAAUAGCUUGAUGUGUUGCUAUACACUAAAGCUAGCUUAUAGCUUGAUGCGGGUAUCAUAGCAAAAAUGCAGAACAAUAAAUUUGUUAUAAA